GUCUGGAUAAGAGCUGUCAGGAGGGCUUUUUAGCCAGUUUGAGGUGGAGUGAUAGCAAUCUUGAACCACAGUUUUAGAGGAGUGGCACCAAAAGGCCUGUUGUUAACGUUUACUGCUUUACGGGACAAGUAGCACUCCCUGCUUCUUCAGCUGCCUGAAAAUCAAGCCAUAGAUACUGACCUUCAAUUCAAGUAAGGGAGGAAAAAUGCCAGUUUCUCUAAGAAAACUGCAGCAAAUGGCUGUUUUCAUGGGACUGUUCAGCGGCGGGGGAUGUAUCGUGAUGUAUAAUCUUAUGCAAAAGAGUUUUGCCAGGACCCAGUACUACCAGCAAGCUUUGGAGCAGCUGAACAGCAAUGCUGAUGCCCUGGAAGCCCUGGGUGCCCCCCCUCUUAAGGUUCACAACAUCCGCCUGACAGAUGGGAGCAAUCGCGUGGACACAGAGCGAGCGCGGAUAAAGUUACCAGUCUCUGGAACAAAAUCGGCAGGCUACCUCUGCAUUGACUCGGAGAUGGACCACUCCCGUCAGUGCUGGUGCCUUCAGGAUGUCACCUUGAAACUGCGGGAUGGUCAGAAUAUUUCCGUUUACCACUCUCCGGUGGAAAGCACUGGUGUGCAGGAAGGCUAAAAAUCAGGGACAGCUGCAUCUCCGCCUCCCAUUGAGCCAAGGAGCCAUUAAUCGAUUGCAUCCUGCUGUGUCUGUGAAUGUACACAGUUGUCACAAGUGACAGUUUCACUUAAGUGGGUGCUCUCAAGACAAUUUUUUUCUCCAAGAUUGACCUCAUCAUUGUUGCAAUUGUAAUUUCUUUCUUUUGCUGGUUUAUUCAUGGGUUUAACAGAAGCCUGAAAUAAAUAUCUUGCAAAAG